AUGGCCACAGGAGAAAUCACCACUCUACCCGCCACACCUGAAGAUGGAGGCAGUGGUGGCUUCCCUCCAGGAAACUUUAAGGAGCCCAAGAGGUUGUACUGUAAAAACGGGGGCUACUUCUUGAGGAUAAACUCUAAUGGAAGUGUGGACGGGAUCAGAGAGAAGAACGACCCCCACAGUAAGUAGUUCCAGUCCAUUGCACGGCAGACAAAGCUUCUUUAUGCUUUUAAAGGGCGACAGGGAAGUAACCACGUGCGUUUAUGGCUUCUCCAACAUUCAAAUCAAAGAAGUUUGUCUAGUUCUUGUAUAUUAGCCUUUGCAAGUGCAUUCAUGAAUGUGGUGUGUGUAUAUUUUGAUCUCAUUCAAGUCACCUUGGUGUGUAACACUGCCAUACAUUAAAAUGGCACUGCGAUUGCGUCACUUGUAAUUGAAAUGUCCAGAAUUAAAAUAUGACUUAGCUUUCGUGUGAAAUGUGUAUUAACACAUAGACCAACUCUAUAGUUCACAUAAGUAAAGGCCAUUGAUAGUAAUUGAGGAUCUAGGUUUGUGUUCUAAUCAUUUCAGUAUAAUAUUUGAGUGUCAUUGAUUAGCUUUAAAUGUAACAUGCAACAACAAGAAAUAUGUAGGGUUUUCCCUUGACACAUUGAAACCAUCUCAUCACUCACUAUCUAGUUGUUUUUUCUUCAAUGUAUGUAUCUCAGAUUGCAUCAGUAAUUGGUAGGAGGAGAAGGGACCCAUGUCGAAGACGGGGUUUUCAUCACAGGAAGCACUGCUCAGUGGAACAGGUGCACUCAAACAGCUGUCCAAAAUCUAUCACAAGCAAUUAACUAGUAAGAGUGGAGAAAAGAGACAGACAUUGGCCAUUUCAAUUACUGCCAAAAAAUUGGCAUCUCAUGUGCUUUACAGCACCAUUUAUCUUUAAUCAAUAAGGCAUAUAUUCUAUAAGUGUAUGUAAUAACAAAUACACUAAACUGGAAGAGAACCUCAUUUUCUGUUAUGACCAUUCAUUUGCGUCUUCAAUAUGAUUAAAGCAAGGGAUGAUGAAAUUAACCAUGGCUGAAAGAGAACGUUUCACUUAGAGAUGUGAUCACAAGACCUAUUGCACAGAUGUUCAGUAAACACGGGAUGCUCCCUUGCACACAACAACUACUAAUUAUGUAUUCAUUCAGAGAGGAAUGGAUCUUGAUGACAUUAGUCAUUACACAAACCCUAAGUGCAUACAGAUGCCUCUGAUAUAUACGUUUACAAUGUACUGUAUCAUAGUUUAGGCCACUAUCUUGCCAUUUUGCCUUAUGAGGCCUGUUUAAUAGGAACUCUUUUUGUUUAGUUUUUUGAACUAUGCUAUAAAUAUACUAUUGAAAUAUGCUUAGUUGGCACAGCACAUGAAGGCUUAUCUGACUCUACAAAAAGUUUGAAGUAUUAUAAUCUGGGUGCUUCUACUCAACCAAAUACGUAACUUACAAUAAACCAUUACAGCAAUAUACAAAUAUUGUUACUCAAAAUAUGAAAACUAAAGAACGAUGUAUCUUGCUUGUUUUAUAAAAAUAUUUAUCAAGAUACUUUUUUUUGCCUCUGAUAUAAUAUAUAAGUCUGCUAUAUCCAUCCCUUUUCAACACCACUAAUAACAUACACUGAGUGUACAAAACAUUAAGAACACCUUCCUAACAUCUAUACUGAAAAAAAAUAUAAACGCAACAUGUAAAGUGUUGGUCCCAUGUUUCAUGAACUGAAAUAAAAGAUCCCAGAAAUGCUCCAUAUGCACAAAAAGCUUAUUUCUCUCAAAUUUUGUGCACACAUUUCUUUACAUCCCUGUUAGUGAGCAUUUAUCCUUUGCCAAGAUAAUCCAUCCAACCACGCCAGCCCAGGACCUCCACAUCCGGCUUCUUCAUCUGCGGGAUCGUCUGAGACCAGCCACCCGGACAGCUGAUGAAACUGAGGAGUAUUUCUGUCUGUAAUAAAGCCCUUUUGUGGGGAAAAACUCAUUCUGAUUGGCAGGUCCUGGCUCCCAAGUGGGUGGGCCUAUUCUCUCCCAGGCCCCUGCCCAGUCAUGUGAAAUCCGUAGAUUAGGGACUAAUGAAUUUAUUUCAAUUGACUGAUUUCCUUAUAUGAACUGUAACUCAGUAAAAUCGUUGAAAUAUUUCCAUGUUGCGUUUAUAUUUUUGUACAGAAUCAAUGGAGAUCACUGUGACACUAAAACAUUUCCCCCUCCAUAGUCAAGCUUCAACUCCAGGCGACCUCGGUGGGGGAGGUAGUGAUCAAAGGGGUCUCAGCCAACCGUUAUCUGGCUAUGAAUGGAGAUGGAAGACUGUUUGGAGCGGUGAGUGAGCCUCUCCUUCCUUUAAGCAGCACCGCUAUGAUAUUGUCAUGGUCAACAACUCAUUAUUUACUCUAACAGGGACAGUAUAAUGCCUAAGAUAAAGGGUUUUAAUUAAGUUAUGCUGAAAGCAAAUAUUAUGUUGUCAUACUAUUACAGGUUUUGGUUUUUCCAUUUAUGUUACGAGGUUGGACUUUUAGCAGGUAUAGCAUGUUAGCACAUAGGGUGCACCGAUUGGUCUCACCUCACUAGUCAGUAUGUGUUACACCUGUACUGGCUUGUCCAUCUCGUUAGAGGGAAGGUGUUUCACCUGUGCUGGCCUUUAAGAGUGGCUGGCCCAGUGCUCCAGUUGUCUUGAGAAAUGUGGAGGGUCAACACCUUUAGUUGGCUCUCCCUAUUUGAGUUCUAGACAAACAAUCCUUUAUCUGAUCUUCACUGUUUUCAUUUUGCUCUACUUUUUGGUUUGCUUCCUGUCUUUAAGCUUGGUGUGGGUUUUAAUAUUUGCCUGUUCUUGGGCAAAUUUUGUGGGCGCCCACAAUGGGUCUUUUAGGUCCCUGUUGUUGUUGCUAGUCAACUUUCAGUGGACACCCCCAUGAGUGUCUUUCAGAACCUCUCCUCAAACCCCACCUCUUUUGUUUUAGUUUUUGUCAGUGACUCUUUGUUACUUCUCCUUUCUGUUUGAGGUACAAUUUUUGGUUUUCUUGCUGGGGAACGUAACAAAAUGGAGGCUAGUCUGGGAUUUGUACCCGGGACCUCUCGCACCCGAAGCGAGAAUCAUACCCCUAGACACCCUGUGCCUGUGGGAUGGCUGAGUAAUUUAGAGAUUCUAGAAAACCUUGAUGUCUUUUUGGCACACUUGCCUCCGGAGAAAAAAGGCGACAUUGUUGCACUGCUUUUAGAAUUUCAGGGUUUAUUCUCAAUGUGCAAACUCAGACAAAUGUACUAGAACAUGACAUUGACUUUGGGGACUCUUCCCCCAAUCAAACAACAUGCCUAUCGAGUGAACCCUGAAAAGAGAGAGAAACUCUGCAGUGAGGUAGAGUUCAUUCUUGAGCAUGGCAUUGCACAAUAUGGCAAAAGUCAGUGGAGUUCGCCCUGUAUAUUAGUACCUAAGGCGGAUGGGUCUCCGCGGUUUUGUUCAGAUUUUCGGAAACUCUAUUCCGUUACAAAGUUGGACUCGCAUCGUUUGCUCAGGGUCGACGAUUGUGUGGACCGUGUUGGCGCUGCUAAGUACAUUAGCAAGUUGGAUCUGCUGAAGGAAUAUUGUCAGGUUCCUCUAACUCAGUGCGCCAAAGUUGUCUGCUUUUGUCACUGCUGAUGGUUUGUUCUCCUACCUUGGUCUCCCGUUCGGGUUACGAAAUGCCAGAGCUAUGCACUUCGUGCUACGUGGCCUAGAAAAUGCUGAGGCAUAUUUAGAUUAUGUGGUCGUAUUUAGCACGACUUGGCGCCAACACCUUCAGGAUAUUGGGAGUCUGUUCGGGCGUUUUGCAGCUGCCAACCUGAAAGUUAAUCUGUCAAAUGUGGUGGAGCAAGGGAAAGUCCAACCGGUCCUGGUAAAAGUGGAGGCCAUCAAUAACUUUCCUGCGCCAGCUUCUUGCCACGAACUGCGCUGAUUCGUGGGAAUGGCUGGCUACGACAGGGCUUUUUGCAAGAACUUUGCCAAGGUUGUUGCGGCACUUACAAAUUUGACCAGUCCGAAAGUCGGUUUUUUCCUUUGGAGCCCGGAAUGUCAGGAGUCUUUUGAGAAGACAAAGACCAUCGUCCGUUCGCUCUGUACACCGAUGCCAGCGAUGUAGGCGCAGGGGCUGUGCUCCUACAGAAAGACGAUAACAAUGUUGAGCUCCCAGUGGGUUACUUUUCAAAGAAAUUGGCCUCAAACCAAAAACACUACAUGACUAUCGAGAAGGAGACGCUCACUUUGGUACUGGCUCUCCAGCACUUUGAGGUUUAUGUAUUGGUCUCUGCACCUCUGGCCUAUACCAAUCAUAACCCUCUUGUUUUCCUGAAAAUAUUAUUUAUCUUUGUGUAGAAUAACAAUCAACCAAUCAAUGCAAAAACACAGAUAUUGAAAAAAAUGAUUCUGAAAAUCAACCUGCAAUAGAGCAUGUUGGGAAAUAUGAUAAUGAUGGGCAUGGUUUUCAGUGUUUUACUCUAUUUAGAGUAAAAAUGACACAAUCACACUCAACUCUGGUUACUAAAACCAACACUGGGGUUAUUUAACACCACUGAGUGUUAAUUUAACUCCCGAAUCACUAGAAAUGUUACACUGAAAGAAACUAGGUAACACUGGCCAAUUGGCUGUGUACCAUACAAUACAUUGCUGGUUCACUCAAUCCCUUCUCCAACUCUCUGCUCAAUAAAAUCAAAGAAAAUACUAAUUUGAAAGACAGAAAUCAUGGCAAAGAUAAACUAUGUCUGUACUGUAUGUAAAUUGAUUAAGAGAAUACCAGAUACACUAUACAGUGCAUUCGGAAAGUAUUCAGAGCCCUUUACUUUUUCCACAUUUUGUUACGUUACAGCCUUAUUCUAAAAUGGAUUAAAUCGUUUUUUUCUCUCAUCAAUCUACACACAAUACCCCAUAAUGACAAAGCAAAAAUGUAUUGCAAAUAGAAAACGGAAAUAUCACAUUUACAUAAGUAUUCAGACCCUUCACUCAGUACUUUGUUGAAGCACCUUUGGCAGCGAUUACAGCCUCAAGUCUUCUUGAGUAUGACACUACAAGCUUGGCACACCUGUAUUUGGGGAGUUUCUCCCAUUCUUCUCUGCAGAUCCUCUCAAGCUCUGUCAGGUUGGAUGGCGAGUGUCGCUGCACAGCUAUUUUCAGGUCUCUCCAGAGAUGUUUGACUGGGUUCAAAUCCGGGCUCUGGCUGGGCCACUCAAGGACAUUCAGAGACUUGUCCCGAAGCCACUGCUGCGUUGUCUUGGCUGUGUGCUUAGGGUCAUUGUCCUGUUGGAAGGUGAACCGUCGCUCCAGUCUGAGGACCUGAGCGUUCUGGAGCAGGUUUUCAUCAAGGAUCUCUCUGUACUUUGCUCCGUUCAUCUUUCCCUCGAUCCUGACAAGCCUCCCAGUCCCUGCCGCUGAAAAAUAUCCCCACAGCAUGAUGCUGCCACCACCAUGCUUCACCGUAGGGAUGGUGCCAGGUUUCCUUCAGACAUGACGCUUUGCAUUCAGGCCAAAGAGUUCAAUCUUGGUUUCAUCAGACAAGAGCAUUUUGUUUCUAAUGGUAUGAGAGUCCUUUAGGUGCCUUUUGGCAAACUCCAAGCGGGCUGUCAUGUGCCUUUUACUGAGGAGUGGAGUCUGUUUCGCCACUCUACCAUAAAGGCCUGAUUGGUGGAGUGCUGCAGAGAUGGUUGUUCUUCUGGAAGGUUCUCCCAUCUCUGCAGAGGAACUCUGGAGCUCUGUCAGAGUGACCAUCGGGUUCUUGGUCACCUCCCUGACCAAGGCCCUUCUCCCCCGAUUGCUCAGGUUGGCCGGGCGGCCAGCUCUAGGAAGAGUCUUGGUGGUUCCAAACUUCUUCAAUUUAAGAAUGAUUGAGGCCACUGUGUUCUUGGGGACCUUCAAUGCUGCAGACAUUUUUUGGUACCCUUCCCCAGAUCUGUGCCUCGACACAAUCCUGUCUCUGAGCUCUACGGACAAUUCCUUCAACCUCAUGGCUUGGUUUUUACUCUGACAUGCACUGUCAACUCUGCAACCUUACAUAUAGUUAUGGUCAAAAGUUUUGAGAAUGGUCUUCACAAAGUUUGCCGCUUCAGUGUUUUUAGAUAUUUUUGUCAGAUGUUACUAUGGUAUACUGAAGUAUAAUUACAAGCAUUCCAUAAGUGUCAAAGGCUUUUAUUGACAAUUACAUUAAGUUUAUGCAAAGAGUCAAUAUUUGCAGUGUUGGCCCUUCUUUUUCAAGACCUCUGCAAUCUGCCCUGGCAUGCUGUCAAUUAACUUCUGGGCCACAUCCUGACUGAUGGCAGCCCAUUCUUGCAUAAUCAAUGCUCCAAGCAGAAUUUUGUUUUUGUUUUGUUUGUCCACCCGCCUCUUGAGGAUUGACCACAAGUUCUUAAUGGGAUUAAGGUCUGGGGAGUUUCCUGGCCUUGGACCCAAAAUGUCAAUGUUUUGUUCCCCGAGCUACUUAGUUAUCACUUUUGCCCUAUGGCAAGGUGCUCCAUUAUGCUGGAAAAGGCAUUGUUCGUUACCAAACUGUUCUUGGAUGGUUGGGAGAAGUUGCUCUCGGAGGAUGUGUUGGUACCAUUCUUUAUUCAUGGCUGUGUUCUUAGGCAAAAUUGUGAGUGAGCCCACUCCCUUGGCUGAGAAGCAACCCCACACAUGAAUGGUCUCAGGAUCCUUUAUUAUUGGCAUGACACAGGACUGAUGGUAGCGCUCACCUUGUCUUCUCCGGACAAGCUUUUUUCCGGAUGGCCCAAACAAUCGGAAAGGGGAUUCAUCCGAGAAAAUGACUUUACCCCAGUCCUCAGCAGUCCAAUCCCUGUACCUUUUGCACAAUGUCAGUCUAUCCCUGAUGUUUUUCCUGGAGAGAAGUGUCUUCCUCGCUGCCCGUCUUGACACCAGGCCAUCCUCCAAAAGUCUUCGCCUCACUGUGUGUGCUCAUGCACUCACACCUGCCUGCUACCAUUCCUGAGCAAGCUCUGCACUGGUGGUGCCCCGAUCCCGCAGCUGAAUCAACUUUAGGAGACGGUCCUGGUGCUUGCUGGACUUUCUUGGGCGCCCUGAAGCCUUCUUCACAACAAUUGAACCUCUCUCCUUGAAGUUCUUGAUGAUCCAAUAAAUGGUUGAUUUAGGUGUAAUCUUACUAGCAGCAAUAUCCUUGGCUGUGAAGCCCUUUUUGUGCAAAGCAAUGAUGACGGCACGUGUUUCCUUGCAGGUAACCAUGGUUAACAGAGGAAGAACAAUGAUUUCAAGCACCACCCUCCUUUUAAAGCUUCCAGUCUUUUAUUCUAACUCAAUCAGCAUGACAGAGUGAUCUCCAGCCUUGUCCUCGUCAACACUCUCACCUGUCUUAAUGAGAGAAUCACUGACAUGAUGUCAGCUGGUCCUUUUGUGGCAGGGCUGAAAUGCAGUGGAAAUGUUUUUUUGGGAUUAAGUUAAUUUUCAUGGCAAAGAGGGACUUUGCAAUGAAUUGCAAUUCAUCUGAUCACUCUUCAUAACAUUCUGGAGUAUCUGCAAAUUGCCAUCAUAAAAACUGAGGCAGCAGACUGUGAAAAUUAAUAUUUGUGUCAUUCUCAAAACUUUUGACCAUGACUGUAGACAGGUGUGUGCCUUUCCAAAUCAUGUCCAAUCAAUUGGAUUUACCACAGGUGGACUCCAAUCAAGUUGUAGAAACAUCUCAAGGAUGAUCAAUGGAAACAGGAUGCACCUGAGCUCAAUUUCGAGUCACAUAGCAAAGGGUCUGAAUACUUACGUAAAUAAGGUAUUUCUGUAUUUACGGUUUCAUUCGUUUGCAAACAUUUCUAAAAACAUUGUUUUCGCUUUGUCAUUAUGGGGUAUUGUGUGUAGAUAUGAGAUUUUUCAUUUUUUAUAAUCCAUUUUAGAAUAAGGCUGUAACGUAACAGAAUGUGAAAAAAGUUAAGGGAUCUGAAUACUUUCCGAAUGCACAGUAUUUACAAAAGUAUGUGGACACCCCUUCAAAUUAGUGGAUUCGGCUAUUUCAGCCAUACCCAUUGCUGACAGGUGUAUAAAAUGGAGCACACAGCCAUGCAAUCUCCAUAGACAAACAUUGGCAGUAGAAUGGCCUUACUGAAGAGCUCAACGUGGCACUUUCAUUGGAUGCCAGCUUUCCAACAAGUCAGUUCGUAACAUUUCUGCCCUGUUAGAGCUGCGGCAGUCAAUGGUAAGUGCUGUUAUUGUGAAGUGGAAACAUCUAGGAGCAACAACGGCUCAGCUGUGAAGUGGUAGGCCACACAGUUUGGGGAAGGCCCUUUCCUGUUUCAGCAUGACAAUGCCCCCAUGCACAAAGCGAGGUCCAUGGAGAAAUGGUUUGUCGAGAUUGGUGUGGAAGAACUUGACUGGCCUGCACAGAGCCCUGACCUCAACCCUAUCGAACACCUUUGGGAUGAAUUGGAACGCCGAUUGCGAGCCAGACCUAAUCUCCCAACAUCAGUGCCCGACCUGACUAAUGCUUGUGGCUGAAUGGAAGCAAGUCCCCGCAGCAAUGUUCCAACAUCACCCAGAAGAGUGGAGGCUGUCAUAGCAGCAAAGGGGGGACCAACUUAAAUUGAUCAGAUUAGCCAAACUCCUGUUAAAGUUUAAACACGGAGGUUAACACUAAUACUCAGGCACUAUUUAAAAGGGACAAAAAAAAACGUAUUGCCUUCCAAACAAUCCUUCAUGCCUUCCAAACAAGAUUUAUUGCCUUCUAAAUGAUCAUCAAAUAACCCUUUUCCCCCAAAUUGGUCCUUAGGAUGAAAAAGGCGCUAGGUAGAACCCUUUGUCUUACAAAGAACCCUCAUUUUCCAAAAAUGCUUCUUGGUAGAAAAACUUUUGGAACCCUUUUUUUAAAAGAGUGUGUUAGCAGUGAACAGAGGUACUUCUGGGCUACUGUAGAAGUGUGAGCAGUGAUGACUGAAUGAUGUGGUUUUGAGGUUCAGAGGGCUCCUCCACAGUGUAUUUAAACCCCAGGAAGUGAUUCCUGUCACUUCCUAAUGAGUAGCCAGGCCAGCCACUGGGCACUCACUGGCAGACACAUUACAGGCACUGCACCAUCACUGAUGUGGUCAGUCACUCAGAAGCUGCUCUCAGGGUGAGGGAACGCUCCAGUUUAGUUGUAGCCUGCUGGAAGUAUGUUGUUAUGCGUUUGGGAUUGUAUUAUUUGUCCUUACUUAUUAUUUGUCCCCACUCACCAGUCUUAUGUACAGGGUCACAAGCUGCUAUACAAGCAUUCAGUUCUUUUCACCUCAAAUCUCUUUCCCCUAAUAAUAGAUCUGAUCCUGAGUAAAGUUUCCAUGAUAUCACCGUCACAUGUCAGAAUGUUUGGAUAGACUGUAUUUACACAAUAUAUUUAGAAAAUAUUAGGUAAUGGGGAUUGAUUUGAGGUAAAUAUAAAUGAAUACAGUUACUGUUUCCCUGUGUUGCUAACCUCUGAAUUGAACUUCUUAUUGGGUUCUCCCAUGCCUGUUGUAAGUGCCAGGAAAUGCUUCCAUGUAGGGUUAGUUCAGGCCACAACAGUUCUCCUUUAUAGGUAGCCAUGGUUGAAUGGAAAACAGGCCCCCUCUUGUUGGAUAGGACAUGGGCAGAGAAUUCAUUUGGCAACAUAGCUUUGAGACAGAUGUGAUUGAUGUCAUCAGGUCUUCCACAUUGUGGAAACAGUGUUGUUUUUCCCAUUCAUACUCAUGUAAUGAAAAAACAUUUAAAUGUCAGUCAUACAGCAAGUCUAUUAUUGAACACUGAAUACGGAUUUGUCCACUAGAAAUUAAGUUACUUAAAAAAUAAAUUCACACCUCUUUGGCUUGGCAGAAUUUCUGUUGAACUACUGAAAAAUAUCUUAAUUAGUGUGUGACAUUAAACAGCAGUUGACUGUUCUGGAGUCUCCACCGAAACAAUGGAGGUAUUGAGGUCUGAGGUGUUUUACAGGGUGAAUCAACAUCAAUAAAAUUACAAGCUUUUCCCGUUUCUCCACAGAGCAUGUAAAAAGGAACUAUAUUAAAUGCUGUCAAAAUUAAAUGGCUUAUUUUGAUUAAAUGUCAUAAAGGACCAUGAAACAUUUUGUUAACAUUACAACUAUUAGUAUUUCUACGUUUCCCCUGGCAGCUAGGACCUAGGCUAAACCCUAGAUUAAGUCAUGUACAUGAAAUGUUUAUUAUUGUUUAAUAUUAUGAAUAACCAUCAUUGCCCAAAGCUUGGCACUGGUGGACAUUCCCUAUUGAACAUUGCUUUUAGUCCAGGAGUAGGUUUAAUAAUCUGGUUCUGGGAAACCAGCCCAUUGUGUUUUAUUGCAUAAUACAAACAUGUUUUCAGUGUUUCAUUGACAUUUAUCAUUGGUUCAGUUUACAAUAUGAAACUGGAUCAAUUGUAUCCAAGAAUAAUACAACUGGAUCAACUGUCAACAAGUGUAUUAAAUUAACCUCUAAUUUAAUAUCUAAUGUUUUUACUUUGUUCUCUCGCUCUUCAGAGACGGACAACAGAUGAAUGCUACUUCAUGGAGAGGCUGGAGAGUAACAACUACAACACCUACCGCUCUCGGAAGUACCCUGACAUGUAUGUGGCAAUGAAAAGGACUGGCCAGUACAAGUCAGGAUCCAAAACUGGACCCGGCCAAAAAGCCAUUCUCUUUCUCCCCAUGUCAGCCAGACGCUGA